GUGGCCGUCUUCCACUAAACAUACAGACCCUCGUCUGGAUCCCUCGUCUGGAUCCCUCGUCUGGAUCCCUCGUGUGUUCGUAUAGUUGUCAGUAUGUGUUGUUGUAUGUUUGUGUGGGCUUCUCAAGGUGGGGGACGAAGGGCGGCUUGCGGGGUUGAACCACUAUAUCUACGACAGGCUGGCUUCCGGAUCUACGAUUGAAGCAUGGAGGCGUCCGCAACAGCCUCUUCCUACACUCUAUCCUAGCAGACAGAAAAAGUCAUGACGUGCUCUGAAUCGUCCAAGCAGGCUAUGAUGUCAGGCUGGCAGUUCCAGAACUCCGAGCAGCCGGUUCCCUCGCGCGAGGAGCUGGCCAGCAGCUUCACCAUCAAGGCCCGGCCGUCCACCGACAUCUGGGCCAAACCGCCCUCGACCCACCGUUUCAAUGCCCCGGUUCUCUACAAGACGAUGCCUCUCGCGUCCUUCCAGAGGGCUCGCGUGCGAGUCUCAGCCAAGUGGACGACUCUCUACGACCAAGGCGGCCUGAUUCUUGCCCUCAACCGGCGUGGUGGCGGACAUGAUGACUCCGACAAAGACAGGAAGUGGAUCAAGGCGGGCAUCGAGUUCGUCGAGGGCAUGCCGCGAUGCAGUACAGUCGCAAGAGACCGAUGGGCAGACUGGAGCCUGUCUCCUCUGCCGCCGGGUGGACAGAGUGCUGGCGACAGUGCCGGUGCCGAUGAUGAGGGUGACGGGGUUGGUGUGACGAUCGAGAUGGAGCGACGGGCAAGGGACCAGACGCUGUGGGUGUAUGCAGUUGGCAAGGACGGCGCGAGGACGCCGAUGAGGGAGGUGACCUGGCUGUUCGAGGACGAGGAGCAGCUCGAGUGCUGGGUCGGCGUGUACGUCUGCCGCCCGUCGUCAGCGGCCGAGCUGGGCGAUCUCUACGUGUCUUUCUCCCAGCUCGACAUCUAGCUCAUCACACCAUCUUGCUCUUGCUUUUUCGCUUGCUAUUAGUACUAGUAUAGCAUCACAUCUGCAAUGUCUCUUCUCUCUCUCUUUCUCUGCGUUGUUGUUAUAUUUUUAAUUCAAACGUUGGCCGCGGAUCGGAACUAAACGGGCCUUUUUGCUAUCAGAUCCGACCAGAGCCGAUGACUUCCUCUUCGGGCUUAGCCUUUACGUAUCCGCCAAGACCGUAUUCCGCAGCACGCUAAACCGUAACGAGUAUAACGGUUGCAGUGUAACCAAUCGCUCGCCGUUAAAAGCUGACAUAAGCAUGCAUAGUCCUCCCCACCCUUGCGGCCUAAUCUUAUCA